UCACCCAUCUUGUACGACAAGAUAGAAUAUAUUCAAGUUAUACUAGUAUAACCGCCAGGAAAUUGAUUAUUACAAUUGUAUCAUUCAUACAUUCUUUACUAUUUACCAUUUACUACGCUAACUCCACAUCAUAAUGACGGAAGAGAAAAGGCAAAAACUACAAGACACAGGAUUGGUAGAAUGGUCUGUUUUUAGCGAAUUGGUAGCUAUGGAUGAAGACGAAGAAGGAUUUUCUAAGUCUUUGUUUCAAUCCUUUGUGGAUCAAGUGCAUGAUACGUUCCAAGCCAUAGACGAGAAUUUGAAGUCGAAGAACUUAGACCAAUUGAGUGGGUUGGGUCAUUAUUUGAAAGGUUCAGCUGCAGCCUUGGGAUUAACAACUAUUUCGAGUCAAUGUGAACGAAUUCAGAAUUAUGGUCAUAAGAUUAAUUUCGAUAAUUUUGAUAUUAAUGAUUUACAUAAGGACCAACAUAAUGACACCAAUAUUACAUCAUCAUCUUCCAAUACUAAUUCUAAAGAUGACUCCAUACCUUCAAAUAUAAACAGCCUGUCUCACACAUCCAAACCUACUACAAAUUCUUCUGAUUCUGCUAUCUCAAGAACUAUACCGGACGAAAACAGUGAUGAUUUCUGGAUAGAAUUAAUAGAAGAUGCCUUGGAAAAAGCCAGAGAUGGGUUUGCCAAGUCUAGUGCUGCUUUAAAUGAGUAUUUCGAUAAUGAAUUAUGAAGUAGUAGAAUAUUAAACCCUAGAGUCAUAUUUAUUAUUUGUUUUUGUCGUUCAUAAGCAUACUUCAAGAUCACAAUCUCAUUUAGUUCUCAUUGUCAUUACCAUGCUUAAAUGUUUCUACAAUGAUAUAGUGUAUACGUACUAUU